CACUUCCCUCAAUGCCUCAUAUCAGUACAUACCAGUGCACAUCAAUGCCACAUAUCAGUGCCCAUCUGAGCUGCCUUUCAAUGUCACCCAUCAGUGCCAGUCAGUGCCACCUAUCAAUGCCAAUCAGUGCCACCUAUCAGUGCUGCCAAUCAGUUCCACCUAUCAGUGCCAGUCAGUGUUGCCUAACAGUGCCAGUCAGUGCCGCCUAACAGUGCCAGUCAGUGCCACCUAACAGUGCCAGUCAGUGCCGCCUAACAGUGCCAUAUAUCAGUGUCAUGUAUCAGUGUCAUUGCCCAUCAGUGAUGCCUGUCAAUGCCCAUCAGUGCAACCUACCAGUGCCUCCUCAUCAGUGCCCAUCAGUGCCACCUAUCAGUGUCCAUCAGUGCAGCCUAUCAG